AUGGCCCUGGAUGCACGAUGGGGUCCGGAUCAUCCUGAGCGUGUGAAAACCCAGUCACGCAUCACCAACCAUCUUUAUCACAAGGCUGUCAACGAUGUCGAACAGCUUGUUGUCAUGCGACUUCUCGAAUUGACCAAGCUCCAGAUUAGUGGUCUAGGAUACAAACUUCGUACUCAGAUAUCAAUUGCUCUCAAGAGUCAAGCCACUUACGCAAGCCAGCUGGAUCCUCCUCGCCCCCCAUUACAGUGGGAACAAAUAGUCGACUACUCAUUCUUAGCUGAAUUUGACCUGCUCCACGAAACAGCUAAGGAAGAGAUCUGCAGGCUGAAUGUUGAGGUUGGGCGUUUGUGCACAAAGAUUCGGGACGACACAUUGGAUUAUGCGCGAGCCAUUGCGCAACUUGAGCUCGACAAUCCACUGCUUGCAGCCCAUUUACAGUGUCGGUGGCAAUGGCUGCAGUCAGCUAAUGGAUGA